AUGUCUUGCACUUUUAAAAAGAAAGAUGAUUUGUAUGAAGUUUUAGCUUAAUCUAAAGACAUCGAUGAUUCAUUUUACAGGGUGAUCAUUGAUAUAUUGAGAAGAGAAAAAAUUUCUGAUUGUCUAGAAUUUCUUUCAAAACCUGACAAUGAAAAGCAUUAUGAAUAAUAUUUUUUGUAGAUGAAAAAUUUAUAAUUUGUUGAAAAGGAAUAAUAGCUAUUACUAGGAAAAUCUAACAUUUAGAAGAUUACUAACCUAAUCUAAACAAUAUUGGAUCAUGAUUUUAAUGAAAAUAAUUAUUCUGAAGAAACUUACAGAGAAACUAGACAAGAACUAAUUAAGAAAAUAUAAGAGAAUUAAAAGAUCAGGGAAUUUUUUUUAUUUUUAGUUAACCUAACAGCUCUAGAUAAUAAAUUGAUAAGGUGCGGAUCAAAUUCACUUAAUUUAUUAGUUGAAAUGAAAGUUAAUUUUAAAUAGCAAUCCUUUGAAAACAUCAGGAUUAAAGAUACUUCUUUGAUUGGAGCAAAUUUACUUUAGUGUAAUUUGAGUGGAUCUGAAUUUUCAAAUGUAGACAUAAGUGGAGCAAAUUUGAAUGGAGCUUUAUUAUUUAAUUGUAAAUGGAAUAAUUUAAAAAUACAGGAGUUACUUUAACUCGAUGGCCAUAAUGAUUAUGUCCGAUCCAUUUGCUUCUCAUCUGACGGUACUUAAUUAGUUUCUUGUAGUAAAGAUAAAUCUAUAAAAUUAUGGAAUGUAAGAACAGGAAGAAAAAUAACGUAAUUAUUUGGUCAUUAAUAUGAUGCCUAAUCAAUAUGCGUUUCUCCUAAUGGCCUUACUUUAGCAUCUGGUAAUCAGGAUGGUUUUAUUUUUUUAAGUAAUGUUAAGACAGGAAAAAAACUAUGUAAAUUAAAAUGCCAUAACUAAAUUGUAAAUUCAUUAAGCUUCUCUCCUGAUGGUAAAAUACUAGCUUCUGGUGGUUCAAAUAAGUCAAUUAGUUUAUGGGAUGUAAAGAAAGGAAUAUAAAGCCUAAUUUUAGAAGGACAUAGUGGUAGAGUUCAAUCAGUAAGCUUCUCUCCUGAUGGUACUACAUUAGCAUCUGGUAGUGAUGACAAGUCAAUCCGUUUAUGGGAUGUUCAGAAAGGAUAAUAAAUAUUCAAAUUAGACGGUCAUAGUGGGAGAGUCUGGUCGGUUUGCUUCUCUCCAGAUGGUACUGCAUUAGCUUCUGGUAGUGAUGACAAUUCUAUUCGUUUUUGGGAUGUUAAGACAGGACAAUUGAAGCUGAAUUUGUAUGGUCAUAGUAAUAGUGUCCUAUCAGUAUGCUUUUCUCCUGAUGGUACUGCAUUAGCAUCUGGUAGUGAUGACAAUUCUAUUCGUAUAUGGAAUGUUUAGACUGGAUAGUAACAAAUCAAAUUAGAUGGCCAUAUUAAUAGAGUUCAAUAUUUAUGCUACUCUUCUGAUGGUACUACAUUAGCAUCCUGUAGUGCAGAUAAGUCUAUCCGUUUAUGGGAUGUAAAGUCAGGACAAUAAGAAUUCAAAUUAGAAGGUCAUAAAGAUUCUGUCAAUUCAUUAUGCUUCUCUCCAGAUGGCGCUACAUUAGCAUCAGGUAGUGGAGAUUUUUUUAUUCUUUUAUGGGAUUUAAAGACAGAAAAAUAAAAAUUUUAAUUAGAUGGGCAUAGGAGUGAUAUCAGAUCAAUAUGCUUUUCUCCCGAUGGUACUGCAUUAGCAUCAGGUAGUGAUGACAAUUCAAUCCGUUUAUGGGAUGUUCAGAAAGGAUAAUAAAUAUUCAAAUUAGACGGUCAUAGUGAGAGAGUCUGGUCGGUUUGCUUCUCUCCAGAUGGUACUGCAUUAGCAUCUGGUAGCGAUGACGAAUCUAUUCGUUUUUGGGAUGUUAAGACAGGACAUUUGAAGCUGAAAUUGUAUGGUCAUGGUAAUAGUGUCCGAUCAGUAUGCUUUUCUCCAGAUGGUACUGCAUUAGCAUCUGGUAGUGAUGACAAGUCAAUCCGUUUAUGGAAUGUUUAGACAGGAUAGUCAAAAUUUAAAUUAUAUGGUCAUGCUGAUUAUGUACCAUAAGUGUGCUUCUCUCCUGAUGGUGCUAUAUUAGCAUCGUGUAGUUAUGAUAAGUCAAUUCGUUUUUGGGAUGUUAAGACUGGAAAACAUAAAUCUAACUUAAAUGGCCAUAGUAGUAGAGUAUUAUCAAUAUGCUUCUCUCCAAAUGGAGCCACAUUGGCAUCUGGUAGUGGAGAUCUCUCUAUCCGUUUAUGGGAUGUUUAAAAAGGCCAAUAAAAAUUUCAAUUAUAUGGUCAUAGUAAAUGGAUUCAAUCAAUAUGCUUCUCUUCUGGAGGCAAUAUAUUUGCAUCUGGGAGUGAUGAUUAAUCUAUUCGCUUGUGGGAAAUCAAUACAGGAACAUAAAUUCUUCCUUAAUAUAAAAGUAUUAUGGAUGUAUAAGAUCAAUUCAAAACAUCAGUUUAAUAAAAUUAAUUUUUAGAAGGUGGUAUUUAUUUGAUUUUAUUUAGUAAACCAUGUUGUUACUAUUUUACGUAUAGCCCAAUAUAUCCAUUUUGAAGCAUAUGGAGCUCUCAUUUUUAAAGGAGAAUUUCAUAAUCAUUAAGGCAGAGAUUUGCGAUAUUUAUUCAAAGAAAGAGGAAGUUGUAUUUUGAAUAGCCAAAUUGAAUUUUCAUGAUA